AUGUUCUCCAACCUGAUCAGCAGCCGCAAGGGCUCGGGCGAUCGCACCAAUGCCUCCGCGUCGGCCAACCAUCGUCUUUCGGGAACAACUCAGCCCGUCACAGCAGAGCGCAUCCGCCAUCCGCAGCACGUGUACGCACACGAAGGCUCCAGCUCGCCCUCUUACGAAAACAGCCCGCAUGGCUCGUCAUACAUGUCUCGCAAGGACAGCGCUGGAUCCACCUCCGCCGCCUCAGCCUGGAACAGCCCCGGCGGCGCACCCACAUACUCGCGCUCGCCAGCACAGCUGCCCGAAGAGAUGCGUGCGCGCGAGAAGCAACGUCAGGCGGAACGAGAACGCGAACGCGAACGGCGCGAGCGUCAGUCGAGCCAGUCGUCGGUCAACACGCCGGCGCCUGCGCCAGCCGUCGCUGCGACGCUAGCACACGACUCGCCCGCCAAGUACUCUUCCAGCCACAUGGAGUCGUCCGUCACGCGCCUGCUGGUAGCCACCAAGAUGCUGCUCGAGUCGCUCACCAAGUGGUCCGUCGGACAGCGCAGCGAGGAGGACGUCUCGGACAUCUACGUGCGCCUCGGCAAUGACUUUAACUCGGCCAAGCUCGCCUUUGGCUCGUACGGCAUCGACAUGAGCGACCUCAGCUCCGUGCCCGACGAUCUGCGCGACUGCUUGGAACGCUGCCUCUCCGAGGAGGCCUCGCCCGCCGUGCUCGAGGUGCAUCUGCCACGCAUCCGCGAGAUCAUCAUCAACCUCCUCCAAGGCCUCAAGAUGAAGCAGGCCGAAUACAAGCAGUUCCUGGUCCAGCAGCGCGCCGUCAAGGAAGCACGCCGCUCCAGCCUCCUCGGCGAUGUCCAGGCCACAUCCACUCCUCCACCGGCUCGUCAGCCACAGCCACAGCCACAAACAUCGAGCCGCGUGCUGGGCCCUCGCGCCUCGAGACAAGGUGUCAGCGAAGGAGGCUUUGCUGCUUCCUCAGACUCCCACGCCACCGCUACCUCUUCUGCCACUUCCUCACAACGACCCGAGUCCCUUCAGCGUGCGAGCUCUGCGGGCGCAGCACUGCUUUCGGAUCGAACAUCGCAGCCUGCAGCUGGUCCCGACGAUGCAGCCGAUGCGUCGAGCGCUACAGCAGCCGCCAGAAGCAACAGCAGCAUCGUUCGCCCGCCCAGUCGCGUCUCUCGCACCGCCAGCGAACGCACGGCAGAAAAGCGCAGCAGUGAGCAGCACUCACCCGCACCUCCCCAGCCUGCCACACUCGCCUCGUCGGACGCAUCGGAGACCGACUCGGGUCAGGUGACGCCGCGUAUGCCGAGCGUCGAACGUCACACCCUUGUCGACGAUGGAGCCGUCGCACCGCCCGUCGCAGCUGAAUCCGACGACGAACAGGAGAAUCUGACGGACGAGCCCACCGCUCCGGUCAGCAUGACGCCGCAACGACUCAGCACACGCUCGCCUCGCCACACGCCCAAAUCCUCCGUCGACGCUGAAGACUACACCGACCACGAUCCCAGCCUGCGCGCGCUCAAGAAUCGCGACGCGCUCGAGCGCCGUGCGAGCAAGCGCUUCAGCGCCUACACCUUCAACAAGAUGGGCAUCGGCCAGAGCUACAGCCAGGGUCUCGGCAUGAACAUGUUUCCUCCCUCAUCCACCGGCGGCAACGGCAGCCCGCUGGCCGAGCGCAAGCCGUCCGAGCGCCGUGGCAGUGGCGCACGCCGCGUCGUCCGUCCGCCGCUGCCCGAGUCGAGUCCUGCGCUCGAGGCCGCUGGCCUCUCGAGUCCGUCCACCUUUACGCGCACCGCCGACUACUUUGGCUCGGCCAGCGCAAGCGGCAGCGGCAACGGCGCAGGUGCUGGCGGCGCCCGUGCGAUCCCUCGAUCCAGAAGUGCCGCCACUGUCGACAGCAAGUUCGAGUCGAUCGAAGAGGUCAAGACGCCCACCUCAUCCACCUUCAGCCGCGACGGCCGCAGCCCUUCGCCCGAGCCCCGCGCCAAAGACGCAGAGCCGCUUUCCAGCACAGCGACGGCGCGCGCAUCUGGGCAGUCGAGGGACCUCCUCUCGCCCACCCCGCCGGGCGGGCGUGUCACUUCGCACGCCGCCAGCUCGACCGAAUCGCUACCCUUUGUCGAUGCUCAGCCGCCCGCCUCGGACGCUGGCGACGUUGCCGAGGCUCAUCCGACCACCGCCAAGCCAGGCUCGCUCGACUCGAAAGCGCUCGGCGCAUCGAUCAACGCGGUGCCCUCCACGCCACGCAGUCGGACGAUUCAGGCCUCGCCGGAUGCGCUCAACGUCUUCCUGCAGCUCGGCCGCCAGACGCGCAAGGCGGUGAUCGAGUUGGAUUCUACCAACCCGAUCACCCGGGGCAUCAGCGUCGCGCGUCUACGCAUGCUCUUCAUCGACCGCUUUGCCUACUCGCCUGGCAUGGACGACUUCCCCACCAUCUACCUCAAGGACCCCGCGAGCGGCGUCACGUACGAGCUCGAGGAUCUUGCCGAUGUUCAGGAGGGCAGCCUGCUCACGCUCAACAUCGAGCCCUUAGAUCAGGUCAAGCAGCACCUCGACCUGUCGCUCGGCACCAUCUCGCGCGAGAUUCGUGAGCUCAAGACGGCGCUGGCCGAGCGCGAGCGCGACGCGCGUCGCAUGUCUCACGGAUUCGUCGGCAACGACACUCUGCUCGCCGUCACGCCGGCGCACGCGACGCCCACCAAGAUCAGCGACUCGCAGUUCCAAGCUGCUGGGCAGCGUGUUGCACAGCUCAAGCGAGCCAACACGCGCGCAGCUGGAGCACAGCACGAAGAAUCGGGCGCGCCGCUGGUGCAGAGCCCCUCGGUGGCAUCGCCCACAUCGUCGGCCAUGGCGGGCUCGCGCAUCGCCCACGAGCUCAAGGUGCAGUUCGACGAGCUGCAGAAUCUUCGCCGCGAAUUCGCCAUCACGCGGCAGCUGCAGACUGACUUCGAAGGCGAUGUCAAGUCGAUCCUGACCACGGUGCGCGAGCAGGCGGGCGCCGUACGUGCGAUUGCCUCGACCAAGGUGGCUGCGGAGCGCAACUUUAUCGUGGCGGGCAAGUCGCGCCUGGACACGCAGUCGCAGGAUCUGCUGACGCUCAUCGAGGAUCUGCAGGACACGGUGGACGAUCUGCGCGUGGAUGUGAUCCAGCGCGGCGUCAAGCCCAAGCCGGUGCUGGUCAAGCAGAUCGUCGACGACGUGGAGCGCGCCACCAACGGGCUGGUGGAGCUCGAGGAGUAUGUGCAGACGGUCAAGCCGAGCUGGAAGAAGACGUGGGAGUCGGAGCUGCAGAACAUUGUGGACGAGCAGGAGUUUCUCAACCACGAAGAGGGGCUGCUCUCGGAUCUGCGCGACGACCUGGGCGCGCUGCGCGAGGUGUUUAGCAACAUCCAGCAGGUGGUCAAGCUUCGCGGCGGGUCGGGCAAGGGGGGCAAGUACAUUCCACCUCUGCCCGAGGACGGCCACGAGGGUCUGUCGACGGUCAUGAUGGAGGUCAAGUCGCAGGCGGUGAACCACGAGAAGCGGCUGCGGGCGCUGCAGGCGGUGGAGCGCCAACGGCAGAAGGACAUGCUGGCGUCCAAGGCCAACGACGAGUUCAGCGAGGAGCUGGCUGGCUUUGUCGACAAAAAGGUGCUGCGCAAGACGGGCGGCGUGCUGGAAGCCGAGCGUGUGCGUCAGAAGAGGGACCAUGCUACCUGGAAGGCUAUGUUUGGCGGCGGCGGUCCAGGCGGCAUCCCCAUGGCUCCGAGCGCGAGCGGUGGCGCCGAGGCCAAACCAAAGAAACUCAUCCUCGGCGCCAAGAAGGCGGCGGAUGCGGCCAAGCAGCCGCCUUCUGCCUCCAAGCACACUGCCAGUACCUCUGAGCACGCUGCCGUCUGA